UAUUUUGACUUACUUUUUUAGUUUAACUUAUAAGUUAUUUUCAAUGUCUAUCUAUGACAAUGAUAAAGUAGCGUCAAGGUUUUCAAAGAAUUGUUCAUGUUGAAAAAUUCGGAAUAUUUUAAUUAUUACACUUAUUAAAAUAAAUAAAUUAAAGACUAUUAGAGUAAAGAAAAUGCAGUCACUCCAAGCUUCAUCUCCAGCAAUGUCUCCUUCUUACAAAAACUUGAAGUACAAGCAUUGCCAUUCACCAGUCGAAUUAAAAGAAAAAAUGCGAAAGGAUUACAAGACCAAGAUUCAGCACUGUAGAGAUAUGCUGUUAAACAGGUUUAGAGAAUCCAAUGUAGAGAAUGAACUUCAAUGCACAUUAAAUGAGUUAUAUAAAAAAACCUUUAAUUUUACUGAAACAUUAUCUUUAAAUGAAGAAGAAAAUGAACUAUUAGAGGAAAUAAAAAAUGAACUAAUUCAAGAAGAGCUUAAAUGGUUGAAUGAAGAAUAUGAAAAAUCACAAAUGGACAACAUUGAUUGGUCUUCAUAUCAAGUUGAAGACCAUGUUAUUUGCCCAAUUUGCCAAAAAAAUAAUCUCAAACUUUAUGACGGGCUACUUAAAUGUGACAUAUGCCAUAUGGAGAUAAGGACCCAAAUAACAUCUCUAACAGAAAUCAAAAGUAAUAUUUUUAGAUCAAUGGACAAACAUACUUCUGAAUGUGAUACCCAGUUUUCAAUCAUUUCUGAAGGAGACCAAAGCCAUAUUUAUCUAAUAUGUGAUAGUUGUUUGGACAUACAAUUAAUUGUUUAAAUAAUAAGUUUUCCACUAAUACCUAAUUUAAUUACAUAUUUAAUUGUUACCUAAAAUUGGUUUGUUUGAAAAUUUAAGAU